CCAUGUGUAUGCGUCUGCUCACAGCGGUCCAUACGCUGGCGCUAUGCUCUAGCGCCAAUAUGAGAGUCUUCGUGGCGCGUUGAGCUUCUCCGUGCCAGUCUACAUGCAGGCCAAGAAGCGCUACGUGCUAGCGUUGGCGGCAGCUUGCGCCAUGCUGCUUGCCUACAUCUGCACUCUUCACACCACCGAGCUCCAGACACAGAGUGACGAGCCACAUUUUCACGCCCUUCUUCAGCAUGCUGAGCAGCCAUACCUGUAUCUGGAGGAAGCGGAACCAGAAGAGUAUGGACCACUGGUGCUGCUGCGUCACGAGAUCCAAAACAACAUGUACAAGAGCCGCCGCUGUCGCAUGGACACAUGCUUUGACUUUGGUCGGUGUCAGGGUGCCUUCCGUGUCUAUGUGUACCCUCCAGGCACGAGUGCGGUCACAGGAAUUUCUGAGAAUUACCGGAAAGUUCUGGCGGCCAUUGAGGACUCACGGUUCUACACAAGUGAUCCAAGUGAGGCAUGCCUUUUCGUGCUCAGUGUUGACACGCUGGACCGGGACAGACUCUCACCUCAAUAUGUGCAGGAUGUUAGAACUCAGAUCCAGAACCUUCCACUGUGGAAUGAUGGCAGGAACCACCUGAUUUUUAACUUGUACUCUGGGACAUGGCCUGACUAUGCUGAGGAUUUGGGUUUUGAUGUAGGCCAGGCCAUGUUGGCCAAAGCCAGCGUUGACAUGCAGAACUUCAGACCCCAUUUUGACGUCUCCAUACCUCUUUUUUCCAAAGACCACCCCCAGAAAGGUGGGGAAAAAGGUUAUUUGACGUCCAACAAUGUCCCACCUGCACGGAAAUACCUUCUGGUGUUCAAGGGGAAGAGGUACCUUACAGGAAUUGGUUCAGAAACCAGGAAUGCUUUGUAUCACAUACAUAAUGGGGAAGAUAUGAUUUUGUUGACCACCUGCAAGCAUGGGAAAGACUGGGAGAAGCACAAAGACGUUAGGUGUGACCAGGACAAUGAAGAAUACUCAAAAUUUGAUUACCAGGAGCUUCUACACAACUCAACUUUCUGCCUAGUGCCUCGUGGCCGGCGACUCGGGUCUUUCCGUUUCCUUGAAGCCCUGCAGGCGGCGUGUAUCCCUGUAUUACUGAGUAAUGGAUGGGAGUUGCCUUUCUCUGAGGUCAUCGACUGGAGUAAAGCCGCCAUCAUUGGAGAUGAAAGAUUACUACUGCAGAUUCCCUCCAUCACCAGGUCUGUCGAUGCAGAGCGAAUCUUGGCUCUGAGGCAGCAGACGCAGUUCCUCUGGGACUCCUACUUCUCCUCCGUGGAUAAAAUUGUCUUAACCACAUUAGAGAUCAUCCAGGAUAGGAUAUACACCUACACCUCGAGAAGCAUGCUGAUGUGGAACUCUCUCCCCGGUGGACUCUAUACACUUCCUCGGUUCUCCUCAUAUCCCACCCUUUUCCCCUUUUACUACAGACUCCUAGGUAAAACUCCGCAGCAGGAGUUCACAGCUGUUAUUCAGGCAGUAGCUCCUCUUCAGUCUCCUCAGCAGCCCAUCCUCAAACUCAUUAUUGCUGUUGCCAAGUCCAAGUUCUGUGCACAGAUCAUCGUGUUGUGGAACUGUGACAAACCUUCACCUCCCAGAAGCAAAUGGCCAUCCAUUAACGUCCCUCUGACCAUCAUUGAGGAAGAGAGAAAGACGAUGAGCGGACGUUUUUUCCCUCAUGAUGUCAUCAGGACUGAUGCCGUGCUCAGCCUGGAUGAGGACUCGGUUCUGUCCACAAAUGAGGUGGAUUUUGCUUUCAUUGUGUGGCACAGUUUUCCUGAUCGGAUAGUCGGAUAUCCGGCACGCAGCCACUACUGGGAUGCCACCAAGGAGAGGUGGGGCUACACAUCCAAGUGGACCAAUGAGUACUCGAUGGUGCUGACGGGCGCCGCCUUCUACCACAGGUACUAUCACUUCCUGUACACUCACUACCUACCUAGUCGACUCCUCUCCAUGGUGGACCAGCUUGCCAACUGUGAGGACAUUCUCAUGAACUUCCUCGUCUCCACGGUAACCAAGUUGCCGCCAAUCAAAGUCACACAGAAGAAACAGUACAAGGAGACGAUGAUGCAACAGGGUUCGAAGUCAUCACGUUGGGCCGACCCAGACCACUUCGCUCAGCGGCAGUCCUGCAUGAACUCCUUCGCCGCCUGGUUCGGCUUCAUGCCGCUCAUUCACUCUCAGCUCCGUUUGGAUCCGGUCCUGUUUAAAGACCAGGUCUCCAUCUUACGCAAGAAAUACAGGGACAUUGAGAGACUAUAAAGACGCAUGAGGUCUCGUAUCAACACGAACGUCACUAAAGCGAUGGGUUGAUUGCCCUGGACAUGGCCUCACAAAUAUAAUGUCUGCAAAGUCAUUUCAUUUCAAAUAUAUGCAACUGUGGGUUUUAUCUUGUUUAAAGGCUCUGGUCAGGUAUCUGAGAAUCCAACACUGCUGACUUUCCAUCCUCAUCAUCACUGUCAUUUACAGAGACCAACAUUAAUCCUAGGACACACUCGAUGGAAGAAAAGACAGCCUGAAGUCGAGGCCACGGGGAGGACGCCCAAACUCACAACAAUGCCUGCAAUAUGUACAUUCAGUUCUCUUAUUUUUUGUACGAUUUUGCCUUUUUUUAAAAGAA